AUGGACUAAGACAUUCUCAUCGAUUCUAAAUUUGAAGAGGAAUUUCGUUCAACAACGACGGCGGGCAUAUUUGGAGGACGGACUUUUCCAGUUUCCGUUAACAGGGCUAUUACUGAAUAGUAACAAAACGGCUCUGUUUCCUCUAUAUUGCGGCUAUCACCGGUGCAUUCGGGUUCUCCUAUGACAAAAAAAUGACUGCUUCAUCUGAGCACAAGGAUAUCAGGGUGUUGAACUCCAUAUUUAUUUGGUAAUUUGCUCCGUUUGGUUGCUCCCAGCGCGGUCAGUGCUGGCGCCGUCUCGCCGUGCCGCAGCUCCUAACGUCAAGUACAGGAAAGAUGGCGGAAGUCGAGAGGAAUGAGGAGCCUGCCAAAGACAAAGAUGAACUGCAGAGUCUAAAGGAGCUUGUGGAUGAACUGUAUAAUUUUAGAGACUGCUAUUUUGAGACUCACAGUGUGGAGGAUGCAGGAAGGAAACAAGGUGAUGUUGCAAAGGAGAUGGAGAAGACACUGCAGAAGGUGGAGGAGAUUGAAGAGCGCUUCAAACACAAAGCAGAGUUUCUGCUGCAGAAGGGCAGGUGUCUGAACAUCGCUCCGGGGUUCAGUGCUGUAGCUGAGGAGUGCCUCUCCCGGGCUGUGAAGUUGGAGCCCGUCCUGGUUGAGGGCUGGAACACUCUGGGGGAGCAGUACUGGAAAAAAGGAGACCUGAUGGCUGCAAAGAACUGCUUUACUGGAGCCUUGCAGCAGAGUAAGAAUAAAGUGUCCCUGCGCAACCUGUCUAUGGUAUUGAGGCAGCUGCCAGCAGGGGACAAUGAUACGCACACCAAGUGGGUGCUGGAGAGUGUGGAUUUGGCCCGGCAAGCUGUACAGCUGGAUGUCACGGACGGGAACUCCUGGUACAUCCUGGGUAAUGCCUACGUAUCUUUGUUUUUCACUUGUGGACAGAAUCCACAGAUGUCCCAGCAAGCUCUCAAUGCCUAUGCACAGUCUGAGAAAGUGGACAGAGCGGCCUCGUGUUACCCGGAGCUGCAUUUCAACCGAUCCACUCUGUUCCAGUAUGAGGAGAUGUUCACCUGUGCGCUCGGCGGCUACAGCCGAGCUGCAGCUCUUGACCCCCAGUGGGAGGAGCCUCUGGAAAGAGAGAAGCAGCUGCUGGAAUAUCUGGGGAAAGUCACAGAACUCAUACAGAACAAGGGGAAGGUGAAGGCACGUCGUUUACGGACGAUGCUGUCUAGCCUCAACACGUCGGCCCUAGGUCCCUGCUCCUCUCCUCAGUUCCGCUCGCCUACAGGCCGGGUGGGCAGCCUGGAGCCUCGAACCCUGUCCUCUCUCUCUCAAGGACACAAUGCAGGGGUGGCUGCCUUGGGCAAGGUGGUGUUCAGCCUGGCCUCCGAAGGCCGCAUGGCCUUUACAUUCGGUAUGGUGGACAGUGAAGAGACAUGCAUGGUGGUAAUGGUGUACAACACAGCAGACAGCUGGGGCGUCCUUAUAGGAGACACUGUAGUCAUUCCUGAACCUCACCUCAAACGCCAAAGCAUAACACAUAAGGACCAGUCUUUUGACUUCAGGAGUAUACGAGUGGACUCCCCUCUGCUUCUCAUUGUCAAUGGCAAGAGACAAAACAUCCAGAGUCAGAUUGCUGCUUCAGUCAGCUACAAGUCACAGAGUGAAUGAAUGGAGCAAGAAAAGAGGGGACAGAACUGGGGCCGGGAAUCUUAAUGUCUGAGAACCAGUGAGUGUGAAGAUCCCAAAGUGUGUGCCUGUUUUUUUUGUUUUUUUUUGUGUGUGAUUUUUGUAAAUAGAAGCCAACCAUUAUGUUACAUUUAGGCAAACACUUUGUUUAUAUUUAUAAAUAUUUCCCUUUUGUAUUCCAAUGUUGUGGAAGGGAGAGGAAGACAUUUUGUAAAAGAAUAACAAAACCUUGACUGUGAUGACAUUGUCAAACUAUGACUUCAUUAUAAUGUUUAAAAAAAAAAAAAAAAUCUGUAA